AUGGAGCACACCAACGAAGACAUGACGCAUAUGCACCAGGAACAGGUCGUUCAUGGCGUCAGAGGUUUCAAAUCUCUCAAACGUGAAUUGACGCAUUUUGAAGGGAAAAUUAAGCACUUGGAAGAUUACAUGCGUUUCAUCAAUGGAAUCGCUUGGUCAGAGGAGGCGGCAAAGGAAACUAUGUCAAGAUCCACGGUCAAGAUGCCGACGAACUUCGGGGAGAUAACGCAGGGCAAACUGGGAGAUGUGGAUCAUCUCGUCAAUGGAAUGGAAAGCCUCAUACGCGACAUGAAUCAGUUCAGCAGGAAAGUGGAUCUCAUGGAAGAAUCCGUCACGUCUAUGAACCCGUAUGAAUAUGAGUGUAUGAUUCAUGCAGAUUAUGCUUGUCUCUUCAUGAAUGGUGACUUCGAAUCUACCUCUAACACUCACGAGAUCCACGUCCACUCGAAGGGUGAACCGUUCACAGACGGUAUGCCCAAUGUCCCAACGACCCAACAGACCUUGCUCGUCACGAAAGGGAGAUCUUAUGAGGUGAUUCAAUUUCAUUCCUAUCCUUCCUUUCAUUUCUAUCCCAGACUCACUCUUAACCCUACCAGCCAAUCAUGCAUAAUCGGCCCAAAGUGUGUCGAGGGGGCAUUGAAUGAGAAAUUCCUGGACGAAGCCCCAUGCGCCCCGCCUUCCCUGGUGCCUUUGGGUGUUUCCAGCUUGAAGCCACCUUGCAACACCACUGACGACUUCGGGCUAUUUCUUGACUUUCAUGAUGUCAUCAAGAAUAAUUUCACCCCUGGAUGUCUGAGGAAGUGUAACACGACGGUGUAUGACGCUAUCAUUGUUCCAGAUGGAUUCGUCCCCAUGUUCGACCAGUAUCGCGACCGGAAUAAGUCAGACGAGGAAAUCAGCCUCCGUCGACCUGGACUCACGACCCUGGAGUUUGAAGUGCAGGAAUUUUUUGCCACAGAGAACCGCUACACGCCGGUCCCCGGGACAAGCAGUUUCUUGAAGCUGGUCCGAAUAGAUGGCAUCACCUGGAUCCAGGCGAAGGCAGAGUGUAGUCUGGACGUCGGGAGUCGACUUGCCAUUCCUGCGACCACAGAGAUGCUGAAUUCCAUGAACCAGACCAUGAUUGCCGUGUUAGGGUUGGACAUUGCGUGCAAGUAUUUCUUCAUGGAUGGCCAGAGCACGACGAACCAGUACACUUGGAGCUUCUCCGAUGGCACAGGCCUCAACAUCACGGCGAAAGGUGAAGGAAACUUCCACCCAUAUGAACCCGAUUCCGGUUCCGGUGGUCAAUGCCUCAUGAUGACCCGGCAGUACGCUUUGGUUCCGCUCUACAGCGGCUUCUUGGUCGACUCCUCGUGCACGUCGGGCGUCGUGCAGUUUGGCUGUGUGUCGGAUGGGUAUUUCUGCGAGAUCAAGAUCCCGAAUUGA